AUGUCCCCCCCGGCCUCGGCGGCCGCCGCCAGCGAGGGAGGCAGCAGUACGCCGGUGCCUCCGGAGGAGGAGGCGGAGGGGGCCCGAGAGGAGCAGCGGCCGGUGAAGCAGUCUCUCAGCAAGUCCCUGUGCCGAGAGUCCCACUGGAAAUGCCUGCUGCUGUCCCUCCUCAUGUACGGCUGCAUGGGAGCUAUGACCUGGUGCCACGUCACCAAGGUGACCCGGCUGACCUUUGACAGCGCUUACAAGGGCAAGUCCAUGAUGUACCACGACAGCCCCUGUUCCAACGGCUAUGUCUACAUCCCCUUGGCCUUCCUGGUGAUGCUGUACGUGGUGUACCUGGUGGAGUGCUGGCACUGCUACACCCGCAAUGAGCUGCAAUACAAAGUGGACGUGGAGAGCGUGCACGAGCGUGUGCAGCGGAUGCAGCAGGCGACUCCCUGCAUCUGGUGGAAGGCCAUCAGCUACCACUACGUCCGCAGGACCCGGCAGGUGACCCGCUACCGCAACGGGGACGCCUACACCACCACUCAAGUGUAUCACGAGCGAGUCAACACCCACGUGGCGGAGGCCGAGUUCGAUUAUUCCAACUGCGGGGUCAAGGACAUCUCCAAGGACCUCAUUGACCUGGAGAGCUACCCGGCCACCCGGCUCCGCUUCACUAAGUGUUUCAGCUUCGCCAACGUGGAGUCAGAGAACUCCUACCUGACCCAGCGGGCCCGCUUCUUCACGGAGAACGAGGGCUUGGAUGACUACAUGGAGGCCAGGGAGGGCAUGCACCUCAAAAAUGUGGACUUCAAGGAAUACAUGGUGGCCUUUUCCGACCCGGACAACCUGCCUUGGUACGUAUCCCACUACGUCUUCUGGGUGGCGGCCCUGCUGACCCUCUCCUGGCCCCUGCGGGUGCUAAAUGAGUACCGCACCUCCUACGUCCACUACCACGUGGAGAAACUCUUUGGGUUCGACUACGUGGCAGUGACGCCGGCCGAGGAGCGCUCCUUCUGCCGGAGGAUACCCCGCGUCAACACGGUGGACAGCACCGAGCUGGAGUGGCACAUCCGCUCCAACCAGCAGCUGGUGCCCAGCUACUCGGAGGCAGUCCUCAUGGACUUGGUGGGGCUGUCUGGCUGUACCAACUACUCCGCGUGCCGGUACGGGGGCUACCGGCAGAACUGUGAGCGCUGCCACAGGACUAUAAGCAGCUCCUCCAUCUUUUCCCGCAGCGCCCUGAGCAUCUGCAAUGGCAGCCCCAGGAUCCCCUUCAGCAGCAGCCGCUUCUCCCUGGGCCGCCUCUAUGGCUCGCGACGCAGCUGCCUCUGGCAGAGCCGCAGUGGGAGCCUGAACGAGCAGAGCUGCCCCACUGAGCAGACCCGCCUCUCCAGCCAGGUGACUGUGGAGGAGGAAGACCCUCCUCCGUACCAGGACGCCCUCUACUUCCCCAUCCUCAUCGUGCACCGCAACGAGGGCUGUCUGAACCACAACCACCGUCACCUCCACCGCAAUGGGUCCUGCGUGGAGACCUCACUGUGA